CCCUCUACUUUCUCUACUUCCUUAUCUACUCCUCCCUACUACGUUUCUUUCGCUCACCAUCUCUCUCUCUCUCUCCAGAAUCCAGAACAUAAAAAAUCCAUCAAAAUAUUGUAGCAUUCCUUCUUCACUCAUUUUGACCCAAACUCCCUAUAAUAACCCUCCAACCUCUUCUUUCUCUUCACCCCAUCUUUUACACUCUUCUCUCUCUCUAAAACCCAUUUGUGUUUCUCUCUCUAAAAUGGAAGAAACAUCCUCAAAACGCCAGAGGGAUGAAACCCAUGUUGCUGAGGAUUAUUGUUAUGAAGACACGAAGCGCCACAAAUCAUCAUACAACCAAAUACUCUCUCUCCUUGAAGAUGAAGAAGAAGAAUAUUAUUAUGAGCCCAACCAAGACUUGUCCUCCAUUCUCACCACCCUCCAACAGGAACUGUCCUCUGACUCAACCAACCCAGACCCUUUAUUUUUCUCUGAUUUUCAGACUGACGUCCCAGAUAAUCAUCAUCAUACGGUGGGUACGACAGCAUCUGAUUGCGGCCCUGCUACUUCUCAUGGUGUGCUGUUGCAUGAAGGAGAGGAGGGAGAGAGAGUGAUGAGACGCCUUCUUGAAGCGUCGGAUGAUGAGCUAGGGAUACCCCCGCGAGAUGGCGGUGGGGACGAUGAGAUCAACGGUGGAGAUUGCGCCACGUUCUCUUUGUGUAAUGGGUUGUGGGAUAUUGAAGAUGAGGCUGCUAAUUACUAUUCGUUGUUGCAGUCUGAACUUUUCAUGUAGUUUUUGGGGUUAGGAAGUAAAAAUAUGAAAUAUUAGGGGGUUAGGGAGAAAAAGAUUGAGAGUGGAAAAAAGUGAAAUGAAAUCAUUUUUAGAUUUUCAUUUUGGUCCACCUCUUUGUUUUAUUUUUUUUUCCUUUUUUAUUUUUAUUUUUUAUAUUUUUCUGUAAAAUAUCAGAAGUGUCCCCUGUUAUAUCUCUAAAAUGUAGAAGAUAAUGUGUGAUUUCCAAAUAUUGUGAAGAUUAAUUUGUUCCCGCCUAAA